AUGAAGAGGUGCGUUUCUAGCAGCAUAUCGAUCAUUCAUUUGGCUGAACGACGUGUAUUACAGGUCAUCCUUGAGCCUUUCACUUUCAUUACCUCGAAUCCAGGCAAAGAAAUACGCGGCAAGCUUAUCGAGGCAUUCAAUACCUGGCUGAACGUUCCGGCGGACAAACUGCUGGUCAUUACAAAAGUCGUCAACAUGCUGCAUGCUGCUAGUCUCAUGGUGGAUGAUAUAGAGGACGAUGCCUAGCUGCGGAGGGGAAAGCCAGCUGCGCACAAAAUCUACGGGAUACCCCAAACCAUCAACACGGCGAACUAUGUGUACUUCCUUGCUUAUCAGGAACUUUUGACCCUCCGAAAUAGUCCAACAACUUCAGCCCCACGAAAAGACCUAGAUGCCCUGGUUACAGAGGAGUUACUCUGUCUCCACCGUGGCCAGGGGCUGGAAAUUCUCUGGCGGGAUUCCCUCCAAUGUCCUUCAGAAGAGGAAUAUAUAAGUAUGGUAAAUAACAAAACUGGUGGACUGCUGAGGAUGGGUGUCAAGAUCAUGAUGGCUUGCGCUACUACAAACAUUGAUGUCGACUAUGUACCACUCGUCAACCUAAUUGGAGUGUUUUUCCAGAUACGUGAUGACCUUAUGAACUUGCAAAGCACAGAGUACACAUCAAAUAAAGGCUUCGCAGAGGAUCUCUCAGAGGGCAAAUUCUCUUUUCCCGUGGUACAUGGUAUCCACGCUGACACCUCAAAUCGUCAAAUUCUUAAUGUAUUGCAGAAACGACCCACGACUCCGACGUUGAAAAUACACGCAAUAUCAUACCUGAAAAACCAUACGAAAUCAUUUGAGUAUACAGUAUCUGUGUUGCGUAUCAUCGAGGCGAAAACGCGGGCUGAGAUUGCAAAGUUGGGAGGGAAUGUUGGGUUGGAUGGGAUCAUGGGCCUUCUGCACGUGGACGAGACAACUAUCGCUUGA